GGAAGAUUGGACUAGCAGUGGCUGCAGCUGUUCUUGUGGCUUUACUGGUUCGCUACUUUACAGGAAACACCAAAGAUGGAGGAGGAAACAAAGAAUUUAAUGGAAACAAGACCAAGUUUGAUGAUGUGAUGAACUCAGUUAUGGAUAUUGUUGCUGCUGCAGUUACAAUUAUUGUGGUGGCAAUUCCAGAAGGUUUGCCUUUGGCUGUUACUCUUACUUUGGCUUAUUCUAUGAAGCGGAUGAUGGCUGAUCAUGCAAUGGUUAGAAAACUCUCUGCUUGUGAGACAAUGGGGUCUGCCACAACUAUUUGUACAGAUAAAACAGGCACCCUCACCUUAAAUGAAAUGAAGGUUACAGAGGUUUGGCUGGGAACAGAAACAACUGAGGUCAGUUUUCCAUUGGAAAUAGCACGUAAUGUGUAUGAGUUGCUUCAGGAAGACAUUGGUUUAAACACGACCGGUGAUGUUUACAAACCAGAUUUUGCUUCAUCUCCUGAGAUUUCAGGCAGCCCAACUGAGAAAGCAAUACUCUCUUGGGCUGUUUUGGAUUUGGGAAUGAAUAUAAAUGAACCAAAGGAGAACUGUGAUGUACUCCAUGUGGAAACCUUCAAUUCAGAGAAAAAGAUGAGUGGAGUUUUGAUGAUGAGAAAGAGUCAGAAGGCCAUUCACACACACUGGAAAGGAGCAGCAGAGAGGAUUCUUGAUAUGUGUUCACACUACUAUGUCAGAAGUGGAGCAAUGAAAGCCGUGGAUGAUGCUGAGAGACUGCAUAUAAGUAUGAUUAUUAAGAACAUGGCUGCCAAAAGCUUGCGGUGCAUUGCUUUUGCACACACAGAGGUGGCAGACAAAAAUGAGCAGGCAGCUCAUGGGAAGCUAGAAGAAAGUGAACUGACUUUGAUAGGGCUAGUUGGUCUAAAAGACCCAUGUCGUCCAGGUGUAAAAACAGCUGUUGAAUCUUGCAUAAACGCCAGCGUAAAUAUCAAAAUGAUAACUGGAGACAAUGUCCAUACAGCAAAAGCCAUAGCUAUUGAAUGCGGUAUUCUCAAUGCUAAUGAAGAUUUGAAUGAUGAAACUGUAGUAGAAGGAGAACAAUUCAGAAAUUAUUCACCAGAGGAGAGAAUGGAAAAGAUUGAUAAGAUUCGGGUGAUGGCAAGAUCAUCCCCAUUUGACAAGCUUCUCAUGGUGCAGAGCUUGAAGCAGAAAGGUCAAGUGGUGGCAGUCACAGGAGAUGGUACAAAUGAUGCACCUGCUUUAAAAGAAGCAGAUAUUGGACUUUCCAUGGGAAUCCAAGGCACUGAAGUUGCAAAAGAAAGUUCAGACAUAGUUAUAUUGGAUGAUAACUUCACUUCUGUUGUAACAGUUUUGAAGUGGGGUAGGGGUGUCUAUAACAACAUUCAAAAAUUCAUUCAGUUUCAACUCACAGUGAAUGUUGCAGCGCUUGUUAUCAACUUUGUUGCUGCAGUUUCUUCUGGUGAAGUUCCACUCACUGCAGUACAGCUAUUGUGGGUGAACCUAAUAAUGGAUACUUUAGGAGCUUUAGCAUUAGCCACAGAACGACCCAGCAGCGAUCUCAUGACAAAGAAACCUGUGGGUAGAUCCGAGCCACUCAUCACCAAAAACAUGUGGAGGAACCUUAUUUCUCAGGCCUUGUAUCAAGUAGUGAUCUUACUGACCCUGCAAUUCAAAGGAAAGUCUAUUUUCAGUGUAGAUGAGAAGGUAAAAGAUACUCUUAUUUUCAAUACUUUUGUCCUAUGCCAGAUCUUCAAUGAGUUCAAUGCAAGGAAAAUGGAGGAGAAGAACAUAUUUAAGGGCCUACACAAGAACAGACUCUUUAUUGGGAUUGUCAUGAUUACCAUAACUCUGCAAGUGGUAAUGGUGGAGUUCCUAAAGAGGUUUGCCAACACUGAGAGACUAAACUGGGGACAAUGGGGUGUUUGUGUUGGAAUUGCAGCUUUAUCGUGGCCGAUUGGGUGGCUUGUUAAGUGGAUUCCGGUAUCUGGGAAACAGUUUAUCUUCUUCCCCAAGUGAAAGCUUCUGCCUUUUUUUGACAAUUAACUUCUGGUUAGACUUUAGAGCUGUCUUUUCUUUUUCCUUUCGUUUCUCACUAGUAGGAUUGAUAUAUAAGAAAGUUUUUCAGUAGUUUUAUCCCAAUUAGGUCUGUAUAUACCUUAUUUUCAGACAUUGAAUGCAAAGCUCAAACAAUUUAAGCUCCAAGAAUCAAACUUUACUAUCAGAAUUCUAAUAAUCAAGUUCCAAACAAUUAAAAAUUUCCCAAGUUUUUUAUUUCACGGUUCAUAUUUUUGUCAUAGAAAAAAGUCAGAACUAAAAGUGAAUGCUUGAAUAGAACCCAAUUAAGCUUAAUCCAGUCAAUUGUUCUCAUCUAAUUUUACUGUAUCAAAACCCAUUAGAAACUAAGAAAUAUCAAGCCAAUUUACUAGUAAGAAAAUCACAACAAAAGGCAAGUACAUGUUUUUUUUUUUCUGGAGAAUCAAACAGGGUAUUCUCCAAAUCAUGCAUGAUGAUACAAAGAAAGGAAAAUCUAACACAUGGGUCGAUCGAGAUUCAAGAAGAAAGGAACAUUUAUGAUAUAUUUUAUUUAUGGUUAGAAAGCAAUCAUCUUUCUCUAUCAGAGACAUUUCAACAAACAUAUGGGACCCAAAAUCAAAAUACCUUCAUACAAGCAGUUGAAUACAUCUCGGGUUUGGGGAGGAGGAGAGAAAAUGAUAGGAGAUUUGGUACCUCGUACAUUUCAAACCAAAGAAGAAAAACCAGAGACCCAUGAAAGCAACUGUCAUGUCAUGUUGGGAGAAGGACCCACUGUGUCGAUUCGGGUCAGUCUUUGACGAGUAUUUUAAUGAUUUGGGUUCAACUUCAUUUGCGUAAACGAUGAGUGGAUGCUUUGGAUUCCAUUGCUUCCAGUUUCUUGUUUGAGAAAAUAUAUUUCUCUUCCAAUUUUCAGAAGCUUUGUUUGGAAAGACAG